UUGUUAUCAUUUCGAGAUUUUCAGGAUCAAACUGAUGCGGUUGCCAGCCAUACCCAAAAGGGAGUAGAGUUUCUCGAAAGGAUCGGGGCUUUUGCUAAAGAGAGAGCUUUGAUAGAAGAGGAAUACGCCGCAAAGUUAAGAAAUCUUGCAAAAAAAUCUCUUGGGAGAAAAAAGGAAGAUGAAGAAGCUGCCAAAAACUUCACAUACGUAAGGUCAUUCGUCAAUCUGCUUCGAGAGCUGGAAUCUUUGGCUGGCCAGCAUGAGGUGGUUGGCGAGAAAAUUCGCAAAGAAGUGAUACCAUUCGUUGUGACAAGAUCCAAUGUACAUCGCGCGCAAAGAAAGCAAUGUCUUGCCGAUCUUCAGGCAAUACAUGCAAAUUUAGCUGGUGCCAUGGAACAUCUUGGUAAAGCCCAAAAGCAUUACAGUAAAUCUUUCAAAGAGGCGGAAGCUGCUUAUCUGAAGUACGCCAAAGCCGACAAGAACAUGGAAAUAUCCCGGUUGGAUCUGGAUAAAGCCAAGAACAAUGCACAGGUCUCAAUAGCAUGCUCGUUAAAAUGCGCAGUCUGUGAAUCACGGAAGUUCCCAUGA